GAUUAUUUUGAUAGGUAUUCACUUUUGUACAUUGGAUAAAAAUGUUUGAUGUUUGAUAUCUAUACUUAUUUGAAUAUAUAGCAAGUUAUUUAGUUCACAAUCCAGCAAUUAUUUAUUUAAAUGUGUAUACCCUAUUCAGUAUGAAUUUUGCAUUGGAAGAUAGUACAACUGAAGAUGUCCCUAUUCUUCUAAAGACGAUUAUAGAACAGUUAUUAUCUCAAAACGUUCGAACAGAAUCGAUGCAGAAAGAUGUUUUUUUCGUAUUGAUUAUUAUUAUGAUGUUGGAAAAUGGAUUUAUGCCAGUCAAAAACGAAGCAAGUUCAAUUGAUAGUUCUAGUAUCUUAGAUGCAUAUAAGCUCUCACAAUUAAAAAAAGAAUCGGGUAUUUAUAAAGAAACAUUCCUUUUAAUGGGUCUCCACGGUGUCACAGUGGAUUUGAUAAUGAGUCCAGUUGGAUCUACUGUAAUUGUUAAUGCUGUCAGAAAGGAUAUAAGCUCGGAAACAUAUUCUGUUUGUUUACCAUUAAGUCGCUACAUAGUUUCUACACAAGCAUCUACAAUCCCUAUGAUGUUUCGAGACUUGAAACAUUUGUGCAGUUUAUUUAAAAACAAAAUUAUAUGUCCCGUUAAAAGUAGUAUACUUAAUUUCUGUGGUUAUCCAAGUGCCAGUUUGGCGGGAAUACCAGAUGAUAUAUUCUUCAGCUUAAUGAUGCUUCUAAAUGUUAAAGAUAUCUUGAGUGUUUCAAAAACAUGUAAAAGAUUGAAUGUUCUACUGAAAAAUGACAGUUUGUGGCAUGCAUUAUGUAAAAGAGAUUUUAAUAAUUCUACUGAGAGUGAAUGUGAUUGGAAGAAGAUUUAUAUUGAGAAAUAUAAAGCUGAACAACAACGAAAGGCAUCCCGUCCGUUUGGCAGAUUACAUGACUUUAUGCAAAUUGCAGAUAUGGUUUCAUAUAUUGACAAUUCUUUAUGGAAUGAUUUUAUAUAGUUAGAUACCUAUGAUUAAAUUUAAUAAACAAUUGAACUGA